AUGCACGAGCAAUUGAGGCAAGUACGAGGCUUGAUAAAUGUCACUCAUUGCCUUCCUCUCGAACAACUUCUGCCUAUUGACGACCACGUCUCAAUGUUCGAGGCAGGCACGACCACUGGGUCAGGUCAGCUGCAGUUCAAGGUUGCUCAAUGUCUGGUCAAUCUGUUCUUGAAUGGCUCCAUGUCAACUUGUUCAUUCCAAAUAUUUCAACGGGGGCUGAGCCAUCUGGAAUUUGAUUCCCUACUCCUCCAUGCCCACAGCAAUAUGUCCAAUCUUCUCUGCUGUGGUUCCUUUCCUGUUCUGAAACAGCCCGGAUUCUUCGAUUAUGCUUCGUCUACCUUCCCUUGGUGCCUACAUGACAAUGCUACCCGCCGGCAUGAAGCAGUCGCCUGA